AAGCCAAGCAUCAUCCCACAAACUACAGGAAACUAACCUCCAAGCAACUAACUGCACUGCUGUAUUACUGAGGAAGGAUCAUUCACUGAUCACGUAACUUUGCUGUUGACCUUCCAUGACUUAUUCACUCAAAUCGAUACGGUAUCAGGGAAGCGACCGUCGAAUCUUGCUACAGAAUGAGAACGGGCCGUGUCCUCUCUUGGCGGCAGCCAACGCCCUCUUGCUCAAGGGCGUCAUCGAAUUGCCCAGUCACUGUGUGCGCAAUUCGGUAGCCUCCUUGGAGGAUGUCGCCAACGUCCUCGCCAACCGAGCGAUGCAGAAUCACCAGACGGAAGCGCACUUUGUUGACGAACUCAUGCACCACAUUCCCAAGUUGCAGUACGGCAUGGACGUCAACCCAAAAUUUACCGACGGAUGCACGGGAUACGAGUACACGUCGGAACUCACCGCCUUUGACAUGCUCCGUGUCCGACUCGUGCACGGAUGGUUGGCGGAUCCGGAACACGACGAAACGUACACCGCGGUGGGUAACAAAACGUACAACGAACUCGUCGAGUGGAUCAUUAAAGGCAACGAAGCCGGGACGGAAGUGGAAAAGCUACAAAAAGAAAUGGACCUUUUGCAAGUGCGGCAAGCCUCUCUCGUGGCAAAGGAUGUGUCGGACGAGAGCCCUCAAGGCACCGUAGAGGCGGCCAUCGUGCAAGAAGAUAUGGUCAAGAUACAAGCCAAGUACGACGAGCUUUCCGAAUUAGCAACACAGGGUUCGCUCAUGCAGAACUUUCUCGAAGCGACGAGCCACCAGCUGACGCAGUACGGACUGCAUGUCUUGCACGAACAGAUCCACGAAGAUGAACUCGUGGUCUUUUUUCGUAACAAUCAUUACGGAACUUUGACCAAACGCAACGGAAUGUUGUACAUUCUAGUCACGGACCUUGGAUACUGCAACGCACCAGCGAUUGUCUGGGAAAUGCUGGACGUGAUUGACGGAGAUACGGAGUACGCCGAUAGCGACUUUAAGCCCCCGGGUGCAAAGGCUCACUUGACGUCCGGUCCAACGCUGAGCCCAGAACAGCUCUUGGCGCAGGCUAGCCAAAACGAUGCCGACUACAAUCUGGCGGUACAGCUGAGUAAAGGAGACAACGGAUCAAUAUCGCUGGAUGCUCAAGAAGGGGAUCUCAUGGCGGCUGCCACACAGGCUAGUCUUCGUGACUAUCACGGAAUGGGAAGUGGAACGACGUCAGAUGAGCCUACGGAUCCUCAACUUCCGAAAUAUCAACGCGUCGAACUCGGUGUUCCUGUUGGCCGUAUGCAGACACCAGCCGUGGAUCAAACACCUGGACAAACAUCACAACUAGCAGCCCUUUCGUCGAACGACGCGAGCUUAUCACAAGUAGACGCCGAUCAUCUACUCGCCAUGCAACUUGAGGUGGGAUUCGACACUGUUCGACAAAACGACGAUCCUAGUGUCCAUCUGGCGCGGCAGCUACAGGAGGAAGAGAACCAGCUCGCGCGUCAACGGCAACAUCAGACAACGACAACUCACGCAUCAAGUAGGGUGCCGGUGGGGGCGACUUCCCCGGCGUCCAGAUCCAACUGCCUUAUAUCGUAG